GACAACGAAUAUUAUUGAAUUUUGAAUGAAUUAUUGGAUUGAUAUUACUAUGAAUUUGUUAAAUUAUGGAUGAUCCCCACGAACAACCUCCACAACUAUUUGAUAUUCAGCACGUUCUUCCGGAUGUAGUGCAUUCCCAACAGAUUCCCGUCACAGAGACCGUUGUAGCGGACGAAGCGGAAACACCACAAAUUGAUACGGGUCGAUGCACUGAACGCAAUAAUCCGUCCACUCAGAAUGUCGAGAACAUCAGUGAAACCGAGUCCAUAUCAGAACACAUUCCUUCAAACUCUAUCACAGAAUCUGACUAUGUGGCUAGAACCAGCCAAUCUCAAGAGUUACUCAAUGUGGAAGCCCACCAAGAGAAAAUUUUAAAACACAGCUCUCUGAACAUUCCCUAUACUCACUCUCCACUAAGCGACAAUGCCAGUGUACAUGACCCUAGCAGACAGAGUGCGUCCUGGCCUAUGGACAUUCUUGCUGAUGAUGUACACCCUCUCAGUGAGGAGAGUCCUGUCAACCUGGCCUUAUCAUCAGAUUUUUCCAAGGAAUUAUCAAAGGAAUGCGGAGACUCCAAUAAACAACAGACAGAAUCAGCACCGACACCACAACUUAGUGAGGAAGAUGCUCCAAAAGAAUCUCCUAGAAGUGAUCAAUAUCUCGACUCUUUAAAUGAGGAGUCCAGUCACAAAUCCAACAUUUCAAUUGGUGAUGACAAUUCAGUUGACAAAUCUUCACAUUCUGACAAAUCUUUACAUUCUGACAAAUCUUCACAUUCUGACAAAUCUUCACAUUCUGACAAAUCUUCAGGGUCUGAAGAGAUAAUAAAGCUUGAUAUAAGGGGACAAGCUGCUCCUAAAUUCCCCUUCCCUGCUGCUCAAAUAAUCUUUGGUCCACCUCCAGAAGGAAGUGAUGUUAUUAGUCCUGAUGUAGAAACUAUUCCAGUUUUUCCAAAUCUUCUUUCACCAUUUUUAGUAGGUGCUGGGGACAAUAGGAUUAAAGUGGAAGAAGUUUUUGAUGACGCAGUUAUGCUAUCUAAGAAUCCAUCAUUAGAACGUCUUCCAGAACUGACUCUUUUAAAGGAGCCUUCUCCAGAUCAGUCGGAGUCAUCAGAUAAACAAAGUUUGUCUAGUGAUAAAGCUGAACAAGACAUGUUAGUAGAAGAAAUGGAAGUAUAUGUAGCGGAUUAUGACACAAAGGCUAACGAAGCAGAAAAAAACGAGAAUGCAUCAAUACCAACACAGCUUAAGUCUAUGGCUCCAGAUGAGACAACUUCUUUUAGUACAUUAACCACAGACUAUAGGACUAUUUGUGAAGAGUAUAAUGAAAAGCUUGUGCACUUGGAAGAUGCGCUCACGCAACGUGACGAAUUAAUCGAAGAACUCACCGUCUCAUUGCAGCGAUCAGCCAAAGAACGGGAUGAACUGAGGGUGGAAAAUGUCCACUUAACUAAUGAAGUACACAACCUGCAACACAUUGUUGCAGAACACUCCCAUUCUGAUCAUGGUACUGUUAAAGGACAACUCUCAGACUUUAUAAAGUACGAGACUAUGCUCAAAGAUGAUAGUACCAAAUUCUAUUCUGCAGUAAUGAGUGGUGGGUCAUCAUUAAAAAGUUCGAACGGCGAAAGAGACAAUGAUUGCGAAGAAAUAACAAUAAAUUAUUCACGGUCAGAUUUAAAGUCUUCAUCAUCAGACGAUUUUCAGACUGGUUUUGAAAAUAAAAUAGGAACAAUCAUUAGUAAAUUCGAUGAGUAUAUUGAGGAGAAUUUGAGGAAUAAAUUGAGAGAGAGCAUCAUACAGGUUUUAUGCACCGAAAUUGGUAAGAUGAGGAUUGAAUUCGACACCGAUAUAAAGGAGCUUGAAGCACAAGUGCAGCAGGAUAAACACGCAUAUACAAUAGAAACUAGACGGCUCCGGGAGCUCUUGACUUCUGUAAAAUCUGGAAAUGCUGAUAUUGAAGCUUUGCGAGAGGAGUUGAACAUUAAACAUGAAAAAGAAAUGGAGAAUCUGCGGAUGUAUUUUGAAAAGAAAUGUUCAGAUAUGGAGCGGAGCUAUUCGGAGGAGGUGUGGCGCGGGCGCGCAUGCGCAUCGCCACUGGGCUCGGCGUCCUCGCUGGAGGCUGAGGCCGCGGCCGGCGCCGGCGACCAGUGCCGCCGCAGGACGCGCAGCGCCGAGUUUCCGUCGCUCACUUACGAGCCGACACAACUGGAGCAAGCGCUGAAACAAACAAACAAGAAACACGAACAGCUGAUAGAGGAGCUAAAAGCGGAGCAUGUGGCUUAUGUCAACGAUCUGCAAAGCCGACACACUGAGGCCAUCACCACUCUCGAGGCAAAGAUAACCGAGCUGAAGGCGCAUAUACAGACGACCGAGAAUACCGAGCCCAACGUAUCUGUUUACCAACAGGAUAUUGAUUUGGAACUCGAGAAGGAGAGGCAAGCAUUUGAGAAGAGAUUGGAAGAAGUACGCCAGGAAGUUGUACAACAGUUGCAAGAGCAAAUACAGGUGUUGCUGUCUGAUCCGGAUGCAGAGGUGUCGAGUUGGCCUCUCGAGUUAGUGGCUCUGCGUGACAAGAUCCAAUGCGAUGCGCGACAGCAAGAAAAGGAGUUGUCGAGUCUUCGUGACGAACUGAGCAGCGGGGAAGCGGACAAAUGGAAGCAAAGAAGGAACUUCAGCUUCGACCAGAAUAGGCAGUUGGAGGAGGUCACCAAGGAGAGGGACGGUCUGAAGCGUGUGGCGGUAACUCUGCAGCGCGUGGUUAGCCAGCUGGUGGCAUACUGCGCUUGCGCAGAGGACGAACUCAACCGUACCGUGCUCGCGCAGUUGCUCACACGCCUGCACGCUGACGACAGCACAAUAAUAGAAGAAGAGUCUCGCCCCUCAACCCCGAACCUUUCCAUCGAGUUGAACUCCAGUUCAGUAGCCCGCAGCAAGCACGUUCAUUUCGCACCAGAUCUCCACUCGAUCCUCACAGACCUCGACGAGGAGGGGCUCGUGGCCUUCCUGCAGGAGCAAAGGGACCUCAGCGUCGAUAUUAAGAGGGAGCUGGAGCACUCUUUGAAGAGGUUACGGAAUGAGGCUCAGGAGUUGUUGGAUUUAUCUGCCAAGGUCUCUACUAAACGCAUCCAAGACCCUAAGGCAGAGGACGUUCCUCAAGUGCAAAUCACGGAACUAGUGGACGACUUCGAUGACCGACAGAAGUCCUGCAAUAACUGCCAGAUGCAUAGGAAGAACAUGGAGGAAGCGAUGGCGGAGUGCCUGCAGCGUGAGAACCUGCUCCGGUCGGAUCUGGAUGCCGCUAUGAUUAAGAUUGCUCAGUUCAUGACUUGCGCUGACCGGGGACAUUCAUGCGAUUUGAUCGCCGAGGGGUACGGCACGGCCCCGCUGUCGCUGCCGGUGCGUGCCAGUCCCCGGCCGCGCUGCGAGGCGCCCAGCUCGUCGCUGGACCUGGGCGCGUCGCCGCGCGCGCCGCUGGCCUCGCUGGCCCAGGACCUGGAUCUCCUGCAGCGCGAGCGGGACGACUUGCAGCAGCAGCUACAAAGGAUGUCAGACUCGCCUGUACAUAAGAUUUGCUGCGACAAGGUAAACGCUAGGACGCCAAAACUAUUAAGUAUAUAAUUGUCACGUUUCUGUAUACUACGUACAGUCAACAGCACAGCUUUGCACUUUGAACCGUCUUAACGCAAGAGUCAUAGCAUUU